AUGGAGGGCUCAUCGUCUCUACUGUCACUAUUACUACCACUACUGCUACUGCUACUUCUUCCACUCCCCUCAAAUACCCAGUUCCUAGAUCUCCUCCACCCACUCUGUUUCCAAACCGCCGGGACCUACACCGCCGGCAGCACAUUCCGGCGGAACCUCGACUCCGCCCUCUCCUCAAUCGUCUCGGACACCGAAAUCGACAACGGGUUCUACAAGGUCUCCGCCGGGUUCGGCCCAGAUCGGAUCGUGGCAAUCGGGCUCUGCCUCGGAGACCUCGACCCGCCGAAUUGCCGAUCCUGCAUCAGCCGCUCCGCGAGCAGGAUCGUGCAAUCCUGCCCGAAUCAGAAGGAAGCAAUCUUGUACUACGAUUUCUGUAUGCUGCGCUACUCCAGCCCAUCACUUCGCAGCAACUCCGACCGCCCAGAAUCCGCUCCGAUUCCGCCGCCGGCCGGAGCGGGAUUCGCAGGGCCAUUUAUGGACCCGAGAUUGGCGGAUCUUUUGACCCGGAUCCGGAAGGAAGCCGCUGGAGGCGGCACGUGGAUGAAGUACGCUACUGGAGUUGCCGAGUUGGGAAGGUCCAAAACGGCAUACGGACUCGCUCAGUGUAUACCCGAGUUGUCGGGCCCGGACUGCGAUUCCUGCCUGGACCACCUGACGUGGACGGUUCCUGGCGCGGGGGAAAUCGGGCGCGUGGCGGUGAGCCUGGGCUGCUGGCUGUGGUACGGGAUGCUCGAGCUCGACGGACCCGAAGGGUCUUGUUCGGGUUCAAAACUCGGUACCGAAAUCGCUAGCUACGGUGACGAACUCGACGGUUUACUAGACUCGCUAGUAGAGAAAGCGUCACAUGCAAAUUUUUUCUCUACGGGAACAUCCCCUGGCGGCAAUGUACACGCGCUCUACCUCUGCCGCGGAGACGUCGUCUCUGGCGAGGAGUGCAGGAGCUGCGUGGCUGAUGCGGCGCACGAUAUGCGAUUAAGGUGUCCUUCGAAUCGAUCUGCUGUCAUCUUGCGGGAGAAGUGCUUGGUGAGAUACUCCGAUCGGUUGUUCUUCGGGGUUUUGGAGAUGGAACCGAGGGUAACUCGAGGCGAUGGUGAAGAGAAUAGUAGUAGCAGUACUACUGCUCCAACCCCGACUACUUCACCAAGUGGAUCGAACAACAAUAGCUGCAAGGCAGUCAUGGCAUUGGUCCACGAACUGGCAGGUUAUGUCCCCUACACGGCUAUGAUGUACGGGACAAAUUCCUCGGUGACAGAUAACCAGUCAAACUAUGCGAUGGCACAAUGUACGAGGGAUCUCAAUUCCACGUAUUGCGAGGUGUGUUUGAAUCAACUGAUCAUAAUCGCCUCGGGAUGCUGCCUGAAGUACAGCAGCGGGUGGCGGGUUCAGACGCCGAGCUGUAGCUUGUGGUACAAGCAAACUUUGUUCUACAAUCCUGCGGCGCCUGAUACUGACUAUAGUCAUAGUCAUGAUACUAGUGGUAGUUCCUUGAAGGUGUCGAUGGCUGUCGUAGGAGGAGCCGCACUUGCUGCUGUUGUCUUAGCCGUGACAUGUUUUCGGUGUUAUGUACUGUUUUCGUGUAAACGAAGACUUACAGGAAUCCUGAACAGGGAAGGAAUCCAAGUAACAGAACAUGAAAGCAACACCACAGAGAUGCAAUUCUACACUCUAGCUGCUGUUCAAGCUGCGACUAAUAACUUCUCCGACGGGAAUAAGCUUGGUGAAGGAGGUUUCGGACCUGUUUACAGGGGGAGGUUGCCGAGUGGAGAAGAGAUCGCGGUUAAGAGACUGUCGAUGACAUCGAAACAAGGGCUAGAAGAGUUCAGGAAUGAAGUGAUGGUGAUUCUGAAGCUUCAGCACAAGAACCUUGUCAGGUUGUUGGGUUGCUGCUUGGAGAGAGGGGAGAAGCUGCUAGUCUAUGAGUAUCUUGCCAAUACCAGUCUUGAUGUUUUCCUAUUUGAUGCUAGGAAGUGCAAGGAACUUGACUGGGAGAAGAGAGCAAACAUCAUAACAGGAACCGCCAGGGGACUCGUGUAUCUACACGAAGACUCGAGGUUGAAGAUCGUCCACCGCGAUCUGAAAGCGAGCAAUGUCCUGCUGGAUGAUGAGAUGAACCCCAAGAUCUCGGAUUUCGGAACUGCAAGGAUUUUCGGAAUGGACCAGCACGAGGCCAGCACGGACAGAGUCGUCGGAACAUAUGGAUACAUGGCGCCGGAAUACGCACUGGGAGGAGUGAUUUCGACGAAAUCGGACGUUUACAGCUUCGGAAUCCUGAUGCUGGAAAUCAUAAGCGGGAAAAAGAACAGGGGACCCUUCAAUCAAGAACAAGCCACUAGCCUUCUGUCACUAGCGUGGGAGAAGUGGAGCGAAGGCAGAGGAGACAAGCUGAUAGACCAAACCAUCGUCGACGGCUGCUCCACCAGCGACGCGUUGAGGUGGAUCCAUGUCGGGUUGCUUUGCACCCAAGAUGACCCGGCGGAACGACCCGACAUGUCGAAGGUCGUCCUGAUGCUUGGGAGCACGGCGGUGUGCCUGCCCCAGCCGCUGAAACCACCGUUCUCACUCGGGAACUUCUCGUCGGUUGGCGGCGGCGGCGACGACGGUGACGAUGAUCAGUCUUCCUCGUCGAGGGAAGGGACUGUGUAUUCUUCUCCAGUGUCGACGUAUCAAUCUGUAGUUAACUGUAGUCAUUCUGCGUAGAUAAAUGUUAGAAGUUAGAACUAAUUUAUUCUUUUUGUUAUAGUUUGGUAUGUUUCGGUUAGUUCAUAGCUGAUGAUGA